GUCUUAUCACCGACGAGUGCGAUUUUUUCGUUUACUGUUGCCAAAUACUAACACGAAAAGAUAUUUCUAAUAUUCUUAGCAAUGUCUUCGUAAUAAUUCUCAUAUGUAAUGCUGAUCUCGAACAAUAUUUCUGUAUGAAAAUUUGAUAGAUUAAUGUUCUUGAUGUACCAAAGAAAGUAUUUCGAAUUUCGAAUUGUCAUCAGAGCGCACCUACGGGCGCCAGUAUCCAAAAAGUGGUUCAUAACCUUUGAAACGCAGCGUUUAAUCUCGGGAUUGUUUAACUAUUAUUAUUAUUAAGAUAAGACAUGAAUUGUUGUAAUAAACGUUUGUGCCGAAAUCAGUCGUAACAAUGGCCGUACCUCCUUCCUUUAGCGUUGGUGAUAUUGUGCAUUUAAAUGUUGGUGGAACAAGGUUUUCAACAUCAAAGCAAACAUUAACAUGGAUCCCAGAUUCGUUUUUCACUGCUUUAUUAAGUAAUAGAAUCGCUAGUCACAGAGAUGAAAUUGGAGCAUUAUUCAUAGACAGAGAUCCAAAGUUGUUUUCUAUUAUUCUGAAUUAUUUACGCACAAAAGACAUUGACUUAAAGAAUGUAGAUCUUCGAACAUUGAGGCACGAAGCUGAAUAUUAUGGUAUUACACCAUUAGUUAAACGUUUGAUGUUGUGCGAGGAUUUGACUCAGUCUUCUUGUGGAGAUGUGUUAUUUUAUGGUUAUUUACCACCACCAAGGCAACAAAACCAUAAAGGAGCGCUUGGAACACACGUAAGGAAUUCUUCAUUGGAUUGUAGAAUUCAACAAAGAGGUUUACCACACUCCCGUACAUCAUCUCUAGAUUUAAGACAUGUUAGGAAUAAUUCAGCAGACUUGAAUAAGUUAUAUAAAAAUGACAUAAGUUUAGUGUUCGGCCCCCAACAAGUUUCAUCAUGGGUCGAUCCCCUAAGGGUUCAAAUCAUAAAAGCACAUCACAAUUGGAUUGUAAUCGCUUACGCGCAUUUUAUAACGUGCUACCGACUUAAAGAUUCGUCAGGAUGGCAGCACGCAUUUACUAGUCCCCAUAUCGAAUCAGUGAUCGAAAGAGUAGCGAUAACUUCGAAAAUGAGCACUAGCGGCGAUAUUAAAAUGGUUGCUAUUUCUUACGGAAAUCAAGUAAGAUUAUGGAGCGUUUCAACGAAUGGGAUAAAAACUAACAUCGGUACAUUCAACUUAAACGUUCGCGUGGAAUAUUUAUUUUUUAUUGGAAGUCAAUUAGUGGCUCUAUCCCCUACCGAUAAAAUCGGAGUAUGGCAUGCUAUGACGCAUCAUUGGCAGAUACAAGAUGUAGUGCCCAUUUUAUCAUUUGAUACAGCUGGAUCUUUCCUUCUACUGGGUUGCAACAAUGGAUCUAUUUAUUACAUUGACAUGGAAAAGUUUCCUUUGAGAAUGAAGGAUAAUGAUCUACUUGUAACCGAACUGUACCGCGAUCCAAAUUACGAUCCCAUUACAGCCGUAUCCGUUUAUUUAACACCAAAAACAUCUCUCUGUGGUAAUUGGAUUGAAAUCGCGUAUGGCACAAAGUCCGGCAGUGUGAGGGUUAUAGUUCAACAUCCUGAAACUGUAGGACAUGGUCCACAAUUAUUUCAAACAUUUACAGUACAUCAGAGUAGUGUGACAAAAGUCACAUUAUCAGAAAAGUAUUUGGUAUCAGUAUGUUCUGAAUACAACCAUGUUAGGAGUUGGGCAGUGAAAAGAUUUCGUGGAAUGAUUUCUACUCAACCUGGAUCAACACCUGAAGCUAGUUUCAAAAUUGUAUCUUUAGAGGCAAUUGAACCUUGUAUCAGUUAUAAUGCUGGGAAUGAUUUUGGACCAUUCGGAGAACAGGACGACGAACAAGUAUUUGUUCAAAAAGUUGUACCUGAAACUGAUCAGUUAUUCGUUCGUUUAGCAUCAAACGGAAAACGGGUUUGCGUAAUCAAAUCAGUAGAUGGUAGUAUUAUAAGUUCAUUUUACGUGCACGAAUGCGAAGGAUCUAGCCGUAUGGGUUCAAGACCCAGGCGUUUUAUAUUUACUGGACAUUCUAAUGGUACCAUUCAAAUGUGGGAUCUUACAACAGCUUUACAGCCAUCUUUUUCUUCUACUCAAAAUGUUUCUGGGGGGCCUACACCAGAAGAACUUUGGAAAUUGUUAGAUCAAUGUGAUUUAAGUAAUAGCUAUUCAUCAACACCGUGUAUUAGUCCGUGUCCCUCGCUUAUUUCAUCAGGUCCAACUAUAAAGACAAGCAAUGUAUUGUUUCUCAACCAGUCACAAAACUCUGAAGCAACACCUGGACCUAGCCAAACGUAAUGAUAAUACGAGAA